AGUUUCCUUUUUAACCCACUGCAUCAGAUCACCUGCGUGCCCCACCAUGUCAGACGCGGCCGUGGACACUAGCUCUGAAAUCACCACCAAGGACUUAAAGGAGAAGAAGGAAGUUGUGGAGGAGGCAGAGAAUGGAAGAGUCGCCCCUGCUAAUGGGAAUGCUAAUGAGGAAAAUGGGGAACAGGAGGCUGACAAUGAGGUAGAUGAAGAAGAGGAAGAGGGUGGUGAGGAAGAGGAGGAGGAAGGUGGUGGUGAGGAAGAAGAUGGAGAUGAAGAUGAGGAGGCUGAGGCAGCUACGGGCAAACGGGCAGCUGAAGAUGACGAGGAUGAUGAUGUUGAUACCAAGAAGCAGAAGACCGAUGAGGAGACUAGACAGCAAAAAAGGAAAAGUUAAACUAAAAA